AUGUCGCCUCUUGCGUUGGUCUUGCUCCUUCCGCUCACUGUCGUUGGUGCCUACGACAGCUGCGAGCCUGACGAUGCCCAGCUUCUGCAGCGUCUCCCCGGCGCUGAAGGUGGUCAGCCAUACAGCAAGGCAUCUCACGAUUGGAAGGAGGCGGCUAUGACAUGGAAACGUGCCAUGUCUCGGGCAAAGGCAAAGCUGGGAAAGAACAAGACAGAGCACGAGUCCAAGGCCUACUCAGUUGCACAUCUCCCGGAUGAUGUCGGAUCGUCCUCAUCUGAUGAUUCCGCCCAGCCUGAAGGUGGUCAGCCAUACAGCAGGGCAUCUCACAACUGGAAGCAGUCGGCUAUGACAUGGAAACGUGCCAUGUCUCGGGCAAAGGCAAAGCUGGGGAAGAGCAAGACAGAGCACGAGCCCAAGGCCUACUCAGUCGCGCAUCUCCCGUCGACCGACGAUUCAGAUGAUGCCGGAUCGUCCUCGCCUGACGUUUCUGCCCAGCUUCUGCAGCGUCUCCCCGGCGCUGAAGGUGGUCAGCCAUACAGCAAGGCAUCUCACGAUUGGAAGGAGGCGGCUAUGACAUGGAAACGUGCCAUGUCUCGAGCAAAGGCAAAGCUGGGAAAGAACAAGACAGAGCACGAGUCCAAGGCCUACUCAGUUGCGCAUCUCCCGUCGGAUGAUGUCGGAUCCUCAUCUGAUGAUUCCGCCCAGUCUGAAGGUGGUCAGCCAUACAGCAGGGCAUCUCACAACUGGAAGCAGUCGGCUAUGACAUGGAAACGUGCCAUGUCUCGGGCAAAGGCAAAGCUGGGGAAGAGCAAGACAGAGAACGAGCCUAAGGCCUACUCAGUUGCGCAUCUCCCGUCGACCGAUGAUUCAGAUGAUGCCGGAUCGUCCUCAUCAGAUUGA